AUGGAAGCAUACGAUAGCUUUUCUUCCUACAAAGAGAGGAUGAAAGCUUACCAUGACAAAAUGACCAGUCCAAGAGAACUCAUAUUGGGGGAUGUUGUUUUGUUGCACUAUUCGAGACUCUCCCUUUUCCCCAGAAAGUUGAGGUCCAAAUGGACCGGCCCCUACAUGAUCAAGAAAAUCUAUGAUAGUUGGAUGGUUGAGUUAUUAGCCCCGGAUGGAACGUUGUUUCAAGCCAAUGGCCACCAUGUGAAGAAAUUCUAUAGCUCGGAAAAGGUUAUAGAAGAGAAUGAAGUGGCACUAGAUGAACCUCCUAAGGAGUAA